AUGAGGGGGUUCGCACCGAGCCCGGCCAGCCCGGAGCCGUCCCCCCGCGCUGUGCCCGCAGCCCCGGCUCUGCCGCGCUCGUCCCCGCCACAGCCGGACCGCACCGGGGCCGCGCUGGGCGCGCGGGCCCGAGCACAGCGCCCCCUCAGGCCGUGCUCUGCCGGUGCAGCGGCGGCGGUUGCGCUGCGGGCGUUGCGGCCACAGUCGGCGAUCGACGCCAUGGCGGAGCUGCCGCUGCCCGCUGGGCUCAGCUCCAGCACCUUCCCCGCCAAGCUGUGGCGCCUGGUGAACAGCCCUCGCAUCCGCUCCGUGCGCUGGGACAGCCGGGCCCAGGGACUGCUCAUCGACCGCUCCCUCUUCGAGCAGGAGCUGCUUAGCUCGGGCGACGCCCACGGGGCGGGCACUGAGGGGGCGGUACCAGCCCCUGACUCCUUUCAGGCCACGCACUUUGGCAGCUUCGUGCGGCAGCUCAACCUCUAUGGCUUCCGCAAAGUGCCGGGCUGGGUUGGCUCAGAUGAGCCGGGCGAUGCCGGGGGCUGGCUUCACUUCAGGAACCCCAACUUUCGUCGCGACCGCCCCGACCUCCUGCUCCGCAUCAAGCGCCUGACCAGGGCCAACAGGCAGCGGCUGGCAGCGGGGCUGGAGGUGCGCAGCCGCCAGCCCAGCCGCUUCCAGCAGCUCCACACCGAGCGGGCGGUGCCCUCCUUCCCCGCCGGGCAGCCGCCCAGAGCCGUGCUCUCAUACCAGGACCUCGCUGCUGCCUCAUCUCAGGGUUUAGAGCUGCCUCCAGGCCCUUCCAGGCUAAGUGCAGGUGCUCAGGAGGCUGAUGUUUUCCUAACAUCACCCAAGAACAUCUUUGCCUCAUCUGGACUUCUUGGGAUUUCAUCGCAGCAACCAGGCACAGGCAAAUUUCAAUUCAGCCAUGAGCUCAUCAUUCCACUGGUUCCCAUGGAGCUUAAAUGCCAACCUGAGCUCAUCAUUCCCCUGGUUCCUGUAGACCAUCACAACCCUUCAAUGGCCUCUCCAGAGAGGAGCAGCUGCACAUCUUCAGAGCAGCAGUUGCCAACCCGCAGCCCAUCAGAUAUCCACCUGAUCUACCUUGCCAGGAGGGCUGCCCUGCGUGAGAAGAAGAAUCAGAGGGAGAGCCUGUGA